GCCCAUAGCCAACUGGACCUAAGCUUCACAAUUUCACAGAAAGCCCGAUUUCAUUCAGUGAAACCGCACCGGAGAAUGGCUCACCUACUGCGGCCGCUCUUUCAGUGGCCACGGUGGCGCCACCGUUGCUCCACCUUCUCGCAAAUCCUCAGCUUCCAUUCGUCUCCGCCACGCGCCACCACUACUCUUUCUUUCCUCGCAUUCUUCUCUACCACAUGCCGCCAAGUCCAUUUCCGCGCACGCGCUCCGAAAUUGCGCGAUUCUCCUCCGCUCUCCGACGCUAAUGAGAGCGACGAUGAAUCAUCUGAUGGUAGUAGCGAUGUAAAGAAGAGCCGAAACGAGAAAAAGCGGGAGGCUAGGCGCGCCGUUCGCUGGGGUAUGGACCUAGCCAACUUCUCUCCGUUUCAAAUCAAGCGCAUUCUCAGAGUGGCUGACCUUGAGCAAGAGGUGUUUGAGGCAAUUAUGGUAGUGAAGAGACUUGGCCGUGAUGUUCGGGAAGGAAAGCGCAGACAAUAUAAUUAUAUAGGAAGACUGCUACGGGGAGUAGAGCCUGAAUUAAUGGAUGGUUUAAUUCAGGCGAUAAAAGAUGGGGACCAGAGUAAGUUUCAAGAUUUAUCAGGUACAGAAUUGCCAAUUGACAAUGACGAAGAGGCAGAACGGGAAGUUUCAGAGGAGGAAGAAGAAGAGGAUUUCACAAAUAUGGCUGCGGUAACCAGAUGGUUUGAUGGCCUAAUUAAUAAGGAUAUUGACAUUACAAAUGAGAUUUACUCACUUCGAGAGGUUGACUUUGAUCGUCAGAAGGAUUUGACUGAAAAUAAAGGAACACUCAGAAUGUGCUGCACUUAUUAUUUUUAGGAACUUCGACAAUUGGUUAGGAAAGUGCAGUCUGCAUUAGAACAGGAAGCUGGUUUAAAAGAGACCGGAAAAGCAGAUGCGGCUGCUGCCAAUGCACGAAGGUCUCUCACUCGUUUUCUGCGAGGUCUUGCAGAUCAACUUCCAGAUGAGUAGCAUGCAGGCUUGCCUUGCCGCCUCUGCAUCACUAUAGUUAUUGGUACAAUUUUUCUCAGUUUUUCAGUGAUGAAGGAAAACAUUCAUAAUCUUGUCUAUUGAUAUAAUAAUAAUGAUAGAAGAGGUAAUAGAUAGUUGGUUGUGUAGUGGAUGGUGGACUGCAAGAAUGGAGGUCUUCUUUGUGAAUGGAAGCGCCGGCAUGCUAGGGUAUUUGUUUCUCUAUUGCUAUUUAUUUAAUUUUACUUCGAUAUAGAGUGAACUGUAUACGCUAUUGUAGAGAAAAGUGUAGAGAAAUCUUAUAUUCACACAACAAGCACCAGAACUAAAGAGAGUUUAUAUCACUUCCA